AACCUUACUUUUGUACCAUGAAAUUUUAGCACUCCAAUCUUAAUCUUCCCCAUUUAGCUCCUUCAAUGGCGUCUUCAGGUGUUAAGGGAGACAAAUAUCGUUUUUUCUUAAACGAUGAAGAUGAGAAAAAUACCACCUGGAAAUUCGGUACUACUCCUACUUAUGAGGUUGUCAACAAGCUCUUUGAAGAAGGCAGAAUUAAGAUAUGGCCGGCUGGGUCACUUGAAGAAAAAGUUCAGAAUCUUGUCAAGGCAUGGGAAACUGAAAUCAUGCACAAGAAGGAGAUCAAAGAUUUUAAAACAAUCGACACAAACAACUAUACUUUCAGCCUAAAUGGACGGAAAGCAUUGAAUAUGCAAGAAAUCGGAAAGCUUGGUGGAGCAUACAAUCCGCAUCUGCAAACUUCGUUACCAAAAGAGUUGAGAGUCUACGAUCCUGAAGAAGAAACAUCAGUUUCAUCUCACACUGCCUUCACCACAACUUUUCCGAGAGGAUUUGCUUUGGAGGUUUUCCAGGUUUACAGUGGACCUCCAGUUAUUGCUUUCAAGUUCAGGCACUGGGGUUACAUGGAGGGUCCAUUCAAGGGCCAUGCCCCUACUGGAGACUUGAUAGAAUUCUAUGGCGUGUGCAUCUUUGAGGUGAAUGAAGAGAUGAAAGUUGUGAAGGUGGAGUUCUUUUAUGAUCGUGGAGAAUUGCUUGGAGCUCUUCUCAAGGGUGCUAAAAUGGAUGGCUCUGUUGAAGAAGCAACUUCAAGCUGUCCAGUCCUCAGGAGCACUGGCUAAUAGCAACGUUUUAUGAAAUUGAUCAAUUAAAAAAAAAGGGAAUAAAAUUAAUGAAUAAAUGCACAUGUUGGAGAGAGCAAUUUGCAGUUGAAAGCUCACAGUAUGUAAGUCACAGUUGGAAUGGCGAAUUGGGUCAGUUUUUAUUUGGAAAAUUAAUCAAAUUAUAGUUACUGACCACCUUAGUGGGUGAGUAACAUAAAUAGAGUCUUCAAAGUGUAUCUAUCUAUGAAUGGAUAAACUUCAUGGGUGUUUCUUGUGUUAA